AUGCUUGCAAAUAUUGAUAGGCUACUUGACAAUAUUGUUUCUGGUGCAUCAAUGUUUUGGAGGAAAAGAAUCGUGGCAAUAGCCUUGGAAUAUCCUGACGUUGAGCUCUCACACAUGUAUGUUGAUAAUGCUGCAAUGCAGCUUGUUCGUGAUCCAAAACAGUUUGAUACGAUUGUAACAAACAACAUAUUUGGCGAUAUAUUAUCCGAUGAGGCGUCGAUGAUUACUGGAAGUAUUGGGAUGCUUCCAUCUGCUAGUCUUGGGGAAUCGGGUCCUGGACUUUUUGAACCCAUACAUGGUUCUGCUCCUGAUAUUGCUGGACAGGAUAAAGCAAAUCCAUUAGCAACAAUUCUCAGUGCUGCUAUGCUUUUAAAGUACGGUCUAGGGGAAGAAAAUGCUGCCAAGAGAAUUGAGGCUGCAGUUCUAGAUACUUUGAAUAAGGGGUUUCGAACGGGUGACAUUUAUUCGGCAGGAACUAAGUUGGUAGGGUGCAAAGAAAUGGGUGAAGAGGUUUUGAAGUCGGUAGAUUCGCUAGUUCCUUCUCCAAUAUGA